AUGGCUGCGCUCAGUAAAGAAGAGUAUCUAAAACGUUAUUUAGAGUCAGGGGACAAUGAAUCGACGAAAAAGAAGAAAAAGAAGAAAACUAAACCUUCUAUAAAGAGAUCAGGAGUGUUGAUAGUGGAUGAUGAUAUUAACAUACAAAGCAUUGCACCAAAAAUAGAAGAUAUUGAAGAAGCCCCAUUUCUGGAUGAAGCUCCACAGGUAGCUGGUAUGACAGAUGAUAGACCAGAGGAUAUAAUUGUAAUAGAAAAGUACAGAUCGGAUGGAAGAUGGAAAACAAUGGGAGAGGAUAAAAAGCCUAGUAUAGCUGUUCAGGAUUCUGGUUCUGAUGAUGAUUUGCCGCUGCCAAAAAGGAAACCAACACGACAUGACUCUGACUCAGAUUUAUCACCUCCAAGAAUACGACUUGAUUCGGACUCAGACUUGUCUCCUCCUAGAAGCAACUCACAAAAAAGAUUACAAUCUUGUAAAAAUAAUAAUUCUGAUAACUGGGAUUCAGAUCAAAGUCCUCCAAGGAAAUCCAAACCUAGUAAGACCCUGUCUGGAAAUAGAGCAGGAUUGUCUGAUGCUGCAACACUGCGACGUGAAAAUGAUCAAAGAAGACAAAGAGAUAACCAAACAUUUGAUAACUUAUCAGCGGAGAUCUCUGGAAGAAAUGCAGAAACUGUUUUUCGAGACAAAGGAGGUCGAAAAAGAAACUUGAAAACUGAGAAAAUUAAACAGCGUGAAGAAGAGGCUAAGAAAGCUGAAGAAGCAGAACAAUAUAUGCAGUGGGGUAAAGGGGUUGUACAAUCCAAGGAAAGACAGAGUACUGUAGAAGAAAACUUGUAUGAAAUGUCCAAACCAUUAGCUCGGUUUAAAGACGAUGUUGAUCUUGAUGCAAUGUUAAAAGAAAAAGACAGAGAUGAAGAUCCCAUGUUAGCAUUUGUAAAGAAGAAACGUGCAAAACAAGCUCUGAAAGCUGGCAUCAAAG